AUGUAAAUAGAGUAAACACUUUUUGGUAAGAUUGGUGAGGAAUCAAUCUGGAAAUUUACAUUUUCAAAUAAGAAAGGUACUAAAGUGAGUGUAAUAAAUUAUGGAGCAAUUAUUACAGAAAUACAAACUCUUGAUAAAUAAAAUCAAUUAGCAAAUAUAGUACUUAAUUUUGAUGAUUUUACAUAAUAUCAUUUACAUAAUGAUGCUUACUUUGGCGCCUUUGUUGGAAGAUGCGCCAAUAGAAUUGCAAAUGGGAAAUUUUCUUUGAGCAACGACCCUAAUCAUGUUUAUUAGCUAGCUGUAAAUAAUGGGCCAAAUCAUCUCCAUGGUGGAAUCAAAGGAUUUGAUAAAAAGAUUUAUUAAUUCUAAAUUUAAUAACCUAAUUAGUUAAUUCUUACUGGAGUGAGUGAAGAUGGAGAGGAAGGCUACCCAGGAAAACUAGAAAUUUAAAUUAAAUAUGAAUUAAAUGACGAAAAUGAGUUCUAAAUGAUAUUUACUUCCUAAACAGAUAAGUAAACUCUUUGCAAUUUAACUAGUCAUAGCUAUUUCAAUCUUUAGACAAAGAAAGAUUUUGCAACUUGCAUGUAAGAUCAUUCACUUUUCAUAAAUGCAGAUUUUUAUACUCCUUUAGAUGAUACAUGUUGCCCAUAUGGUGAAAUUUUAAAAGUUUAAAAUACACCAUUUGAUUUCACAUAAUAGAAAACACUUUAAGAAUAGUUAUCUUAGCAAGGCAAAGAUAAUCAAUUAUAAAUCGGUAAUGGAUUAGAUCAUAACUUUAUUCUCAAAAGAUCUGGAAAAAUCAAUUUAGCUGCUAAAGUUUAAGAAAAAGCAUCUGGUAGAGUACUGGAAGUGUAUACAAACUAGCCUGGAUUAUAAUUAUAUACAGGUAAUUACUUAAGCUAAAUCAAAGGAUUUGUAGAUAGAGCUGGAUUUUGUCUAGAGACACAAGGAAUACCUAACUCAAUUAACAUUCCUCACUUCCCAUAAGUAGAACUCUUACCUGGAUAAACUCAUGAGCAUAUAACUUUAUAUAAGUUUAGUACAAUCUGA